AUGCUGGGGAGCAGCCCCGAGGCCGCGGAGCGCGAGGCUGAGGGCGGCGGCGCGGGCGCUCUUCCCGCUCCGCCGGCCAUCGACUUCCCGACGGAGGGCUCGGACCCCAAGUAUGACGAAUCUGAUGUUCCAGCCGAACUCCAGUUGUUAAAAGGACCGCAGCAGCAGCAGCAGCAGCCGACCUUCCCCUUUGCAGUUGCCAACCAGCUAUUGCUUGUUUCUCUGCUGGAACAUCUGAGCCAUGUGCAUGAACCAAACCCGUUGCGUUCAAGACAGGUGUUUAAAUUACUCUGUCAGACUUUCAUCAAAAUGGGGCUGCUGUCCUCUUUCACCUGCAGCGAUGAGUUCAGCUCAUUGCGACUCCAUCACAACAGAGCCAUCACUCACCUGAUGAGGUCGGCCCGAGAGGCAGUUCGCCAGGAUCCUUGUGAGGAUAGUUCUCAUAUUCCAAAGAUCAGAUCCAGGGAAGUAGCCUUUGAAGCACAGACGUCACGUUACCUAAAUGAGUUUGAAGAGGUUUCCAUCCUGGGGAAAGGUGGAUAUGGCAGAGUGUACAAGGUCAGGAAUAAAUUAGAUGGUCAGUAUUAUGCGAUUAAGAAAAUCCUGAUUAAGGGUGCAACUAAGACAGAUUGCAUGAAGGUGCUGCGGGAAGUGAAGGUGCUGGCGGGUCUUCAGCACCCCAACAUUGUGGGCUAUCACACUGCGUGGAUCGAGCAUGUGCACGUGGCCCAGACGCCAGAGAGGAUUCCUGUCCCGCUGCCGUCGCUGAGAGUGAUCUCCGCCCAGGACGACAGUAAUCAGUCUGAUGUUAAAACUGAUGAAAGUAACAGCUCAUCCAUUAUCUUCGCCGAGUUCACCUCAGAAAAAGAAAAGCUCUUAGGAGGGCCUGGCACUGAAAACCAGAAUAACAAACUGGUGAACUAUACCCCCAGUCUGGUCACCAGAGAGGCCGGGGGGUUUGGGUUACCCGCUGAGCUGGAACACGGCGUGGCUGAGCUGUCUUCCCGAUCGACGGCUGAGAGCCAGCUGCCCCUUCGGCUUCAUUCAGACUUAGAGGAAAACUUCACCUCCACCGAGGACUCGUCUGAAGAAAACUUCAACACGGUGGGACAGACAGAGAUGCAAUACCACCUGAUGCUGCACAUCCAGAUGCAGCUGUGUGAGCUCUCCCUGUGGGACUGGAUCGUGGAGAGGAACAGGCGGAGCCGGGAGUGUGUGGAUGAGUCUGCCUGUCCUUAUGUAAUGGCCAGUGUUGCAACAAAAAUUUUUCAGGAAUUGGUGGAAGGUGUGUUUUACAUCCACAGCAUGGGGGUUGUGCACAGAGACCUGAAGCCCAGAAAUAUUUUUCUUCAUGGCCCUGAUCAGCAAGUGAAAAUCGGGGACUUCGGCCUGGCGUGCACAGACAUCAUCCAGAACCCACACUGGGCCGGCGGGGAUGGGAAGCGACCGACACACACUUCCAGAGUGGGCACCUGUCUGUACGCGUCUCCCGAGCAGCUGGAAGGAUCUGAGUAUGAUGCCCAGUCGGACAUGUACAGCCUGGGUGUGAUCCUGUUGGAGCUCUUCCAGCCGUUUGGGACAGAAAUGGAGCGAGCGCAGGUGCUGACGGGCCUGAGAACCGGCCAGAUGCCCGAGUCCCUCCGCCAGAGGUGCCCCGUCCAGGCCCGGUGCGUCCAGGAGCUGACCCGGAAGGACGCAGCCCAGAGGCCGUCGGCCGUGCAGCUGCUGCAGAGCGACCUCUUCCAGAAUCCCGGAAGUGUUAAUCUCACCCUGCAGAUGAAGAUAGUAGAGCAAGAAAAAGAAAUAGAAGAACUAAAGAAGCAGUUACGCCUCCUCUCUCAGAACAAAGGGGUCAAGGAUGACAUGAAAGGGGUUAAGGAUGAAGGUGUUUCUGUGUAA